GGGGGCUGGGGGCCGAGGGGGAGGUUCCCGCGAGGUGGUUCUCGGGCUCCUCCUCGGCGCUCAGGUUUCCUCUCCCGCCCGCCGGCUGCUGGCUGCGGCGCCGCCUCCCUCCCCCUCGCGGCCGGGCCCACUCUGCGGCCUCUGCCCGCCUCGCCCCCGCCCGGGCCUCCUCCCGCUUUCUCUCUCCGCUUCCCCUCGAGCCUCCGGAGGAGCCCGCAGCCGCGGGGCGCCCGGGAAGAUGGCGGCGGCGGGAGGCGGCAGCGGCGAGGGGGGCGCGGGCCUGGGCGGCGCGGCGGGGUCGGGGUCGGGGCCGGGGCCCUCCGCCGGCGCCAGCGAGGACCCUGCCCGGGGCCCCGCGCCCAGCGCGCUGCACCCCGAGGAGGUCGCCGCGCGGCUGCAGCGGAUGCGCCGGGAGCUGAGCAACCGCAGGAAAAUCCUGGUGAAAAACCUGCCCCAGGACAGCAGCUGCCAGGAAGUUCAUGAUUUAUUACAAGACUAUGAGUUAAAGUAUUGUUAUGUGGACAGAAAUAAGAGAACAGCUUUUGUUACCUUACUGAAUGGGGAACAAGCCCAGAAUGCAAUUCAGAUGUUCCAUCAAUAUUCUUUUCGAGGAAAGGACUUAAUUGUUCAGCUCCAGCCAACAGAUGCUUUGCUGUGUAUUACCAACUUACCCACUUCUUUUACAUUAGAAGAGUUUGAAGAACUUGUUCGUGCUUAUGGAAAUAUCGAGAGAUGUUUUCUAGUCUACAGUGAGGUUACUGGCCAUUCCAAAGGCUAUGGAUUUGUGGAAUACAUGAAAAAGGACUUUGCUGCAAAGGCUAGAUUGGAGUUAUUGGGUAAACAAUUGGGAGCAUCAGCUCUGUUUGCACAAUGGAUGGAUGUUAAUCUAUUGGCUGCAGAGCUAAUUCAUUCUAAGUGCCUUUGUAUAGAUAAACUCCCUAGUGACUACAGGGAUUCAGAGGAGCUGUUGCAAUUUUUUUCCAGUAUACAUAAACCUGUGUUUUGCCAGCUUGCACAGGAUGAAGGUAGUUAUGUUGGCGGCUUUGCAGUGGUGGAAUAUAACACUGCAGAGCAUGCUGAAGAGGUUCAGCAAGCCGCUGAUGGUAUGACGAUCAAGGGAAGCAAAGUCCACGUUUCCUUCUGUGCCCCAGGAGCACCUGGGCGAAGCACAUUAGCAGCAUUGAUAGCAGCUCAACGUGUGAUGCACAGUAAUCAAAAAGGCUUACUUCCAGAGCCAAAUCCUGUACAAAUUAUGAAAAGUUUGAACAACCCUGCCCUGUUACAAGUCCUUCUACAACCCCAGCUUUGUGGACGAGCUGUUAAACCAGCAGUUCUUGGAACACCUCACAGCUUGCCACAUCUGAUGAAUCCAUCCAUCUCCCCUGCAUUUUUACAUCUGAAUAAAGCACAUCAGAAUCUUUCUCAUGUACCAUUGGCACAGCAACAAUUAAUGAAGUUUGAGAAUAUUCCUAAUAAUAAACCGGGCUUACUUGGAGAUCCCCCAGCCAUGAUACUUCAAACCACAGUAGGGAUGGGGUCAGCGCUUCCUUUGAAAACAGAGUUGGGUCAUCAUGGAGAAGCACAUAAAACAUCUAAUCUGAUUCCAACUCAAACAACUAUAACAGCUGGAAUGGGCAUGUUACCAUUCUUUCCAAAUCAGCACAUUGCUGGACAAGCUGGGCCAGGGCACGGGAAUACUCAGGAGAAACAGCCAGCCUCGGUGGGGAAGGCAGAAGGAAAUUUCUCAGGGUCACAGGCUUAUCUUCAGAGCUUUCCAAACCUUACUGCAGGAGGCUUGCUGACAGGACACCAUAAGCAACAGCAGAGUCAGCCAAGAGGCUCGGAGAUAAGUUCAGGGGCUGCUUCUAAGAAUCAGACUUCACUAUUGGGAGAACCACCAAAAGAAAUACGGCUCAGUAAAAAUCCAUACUUGAACUUGGCAAGUGUGUUGCCCAGUGUGUGCUUAUCAUCCCCUGCAAGUAAAACCACUCUACAGAAGACUGGAAUUGCAAGCAACAUUCUGGAUGCAAUCUCUCAGGGAAAUGAAUCACAACACACAUUGGAAAAGUGCAUUUCUUAUUCUCAACCUUUUGGUGAUUAUGCACAGGUGUCCUCUUUAAGAAAUGAAAAACGAGGUUCAUCAUCUCUCCUCUCUGCCCCAGAAGGCGGUUCCGUGGAAUUUGUUGGCCAGCAUCCUCAGGGCACAGGAGCAUAUUACAUGGAAACCUACUUAAAAAAGAAGCGUGUAUACUGAGUUAAGUUUUCUCCUUAGAGCCUCCUAAGGUUUUUUGCAGUAUCUCUGCUGUUCAUCGCUGCCUUAACUACAUUCAGACUAGCCAUAUCCUUUAAAUACGGGUUUCUAAUUUCCCAGAAGGAACUGUAUAGUGCAGCAAGCAGAAUUGCCAAAUAAAAAAUAAGUAGCAAUAAGACAAUUGAGGACAUUUUCCAUUAGAAUUAGAUGCAUCUUAAUGUGGUAUUAACUUACAGUCCACUGAAGAAUUUAACAAUGUUCCGGUAUUCCUUGUCUAGGACUGGGAAUAAUUUUGACACCAGAUAUAAAAGUGUGAAGCAAUAAAUGGGAAACAGUCUUGUUUCCUGAGCCUUAGAAGAAUGAGUUUCUUAUAUGCCAGUGUGCAUUUCAGUUGACUUUCCCUAGAAAUAACUCAUUUAUAGAUUUUUAGGACUUUUUCCUAGAACUAUAAGAUUGCAAGUACAAAAAUGCAGUGGUGGUAAUGCAAACUAAUUACCCCCACGCCAGCCCUGCAGUAUAAAACCCAGAGUGAUAUCGAUAUCCAAGUUAUACACAACUACGGAUGCUUUACUUUUAAUGUUACAUACCAUUUAUACCUUUUGUGAAAAACAAGGUGUUUUUUAAAAAAGUAGCUUUGGUGAAGUUAUUUCAGGGGUUGGCAGCCUACACCCUGGGGUCAAGUUCAGUCAUCCCUGUUUUUAUAUCGUCUGCAAGCUGAGAGUGAUGUUUAUAUUUUUAAGUGAAGUAGAAACGAUUUGAAUUCUUGAAGUUCAAAUUUCAGUGUCUAUAUAAAAUUUUAUUGGAACACAAAUCUGUUCAUUCAUUUACAUACUGUCUAUGGUUACUUUUGUGCUCUCGUGGCAGUGCUGAGUAGCUGUGACAGAGAUCAUAUGGUCUGCAAAACCUAAAAUAUUGUCUGGACCUUUUGUGGGGAAAGUGUGCUAACCCUUGAUCUAAUAGCACGAAUUCCCUAAUCCUUUAACUUUUGCAACAAACUUGUAAGCAGCAAGCAAUAUAGUUUCUGCAUCUGAUUUCAUGGCAUAAACUAGUAAUGAUCUAAUUGCUACAACAAGGUCUAUUUUGAUCCUCAAAUGCCCUAUUUCCACACUCAGUACUGCUCUUUCUGAAGGAGUACUAUGGAGUAAGAGUGUAACGAUUUUGAGUUAGCGAGUUGUACCUCACUUUCUGCUUUGUCUCUUACUCUUUUGUAGUGUUAGGCUGUGAAAAGUUAAUUCAAUUUACUUCUGUAAGAAUUGUGUUUAUUGCAUAUAACUUUCAAUAUCACCAUUUCCUGAAGACUUAGGUGUUGAAAAACCCUUUGCUGUCUAGGAAUUUCCACGUUUGUUCCUUGUUAUGAGACUGUAAUUGAGGAUAUGGAGUUUAGGUGUCUCAAUGAUCCUAGUCUUUCUGAAAUCAGAUUAAAUAGUAAUUCGGUUGGGAGACAAGUUUUGACUAUAAGGUACCCUAUUUUAAUUAUGAAGUUUAAAAUUAGUACACAUAUUGUAGGACUUGUAAAAAAAAUUUACUCAGUCUAAUUCAUUUUACAUAUUAACUUCUAUUCGAAAAUGACAGCUACAAACCUAAUGUCUGAGAAGUAAACUGCCUCUAAGUAACUGGCACAGUUUUUAACUCAGCAGAUGAAUAAUGGUUUCUCCACAUUCUGUACUUCACCUUCCCAUCUCCCACUGCAUUAAGCAUUUUCAGUGCUUAGUCACACCUCUCCCACAGUAAA